UAGAGUGGAACGGAUGUUGUACCAGGAAAAAUAACAAAGAUGGCGGCGCCCUCUGAAAACAUGUUGGAUUUUGAAACAGAACUAAAUGAAAUGAGUGGAGGAGCUUUCACUCAGAACCACUUACAAAUUAUUCAAAAUUUGACGAAGGCGUUUCGAGAGCAGGACUUUAGAGCCAACGCGGAGAAAACGGUCUUCCAGAAUCUGGUGAAGGUUUUGACGCAGUUGUCCGAUGAGAUUCGUGCUUUGGACCAGCAGAGCCCUGCCGCAGAGUCGAUGCGCCUGCGUCUGCAGCUGACGGCAGAAUGCUUCAGAAGCCAACGCAACGCUGCGGUGCAAUGCGCCCGCAACCAGUGCCUCAUGAGGGACCUGGGAUUCAUCCCGGUUUCGCUCACAGUCCUGGAGGCGCUGCCCGGCCUGCAGGUGGAGAACGCGGCCUGGCCAAUCGAGGCUCUGCGCUGUGGGAUCCAGUUCCUUGGAAACCUCGCCGUAGGAAACCAGGUUUGCAAAGAUGACAUCUGGAAGCACUGUUUUCCACGUCUCUUCUUCGCUACGCAAAGACCAGCUGACCACGGACGAAGACGGCCGCGUAGCUCCAUGGUGUCUACACUGCUGGACGGCACAAGUGCAGCAUGUGUGCAGAACCGGGAGCAUCAGGAGCUGGCCAUGAGGGUCAUCAGCCUGUGCCAGAGGCAGCCCGAGCUGGACUGGGCGGUUCUGAUCGUCACACAGCACUUCCUGAAGUCCUCGGCGCUGGUGGAGACGAUGUUUGUGGGGCUGGAGCAUCAGGAAAGAGUGACCCUGCUGGAGCUGAUCACGGCCCAGCUGGGCGAGGAGGAGGAGGGGGCGGUGGAGGGGUGCCGCGUGCCCCCCAGGCUGGCUCGCUUCCUGGCCUCCCAUUUCCAGGAGCGCUGCAAGGUGGUGCUGUCCUUGGCCUCCCAGUCCGCGCCCGACGAGGAGGCCCUGACGGUGAUGCGGCUCUUGGACCUUCUCUGUGAGAUGACCUCCGACCACAAGAAAUUAAUGUUCCUGCAGGAUCACCCAGAUCUUCUGGAAACCACCGUCGAGCUCCUGAGGGAGGUGCACGCCGUGGGCAAGGCGAGCCGCAACGUCUUCACCGUGGUGCAGGACUUCUCCGCGGGCGGCGCCGGCCCCGCCUCCCACCCCGCCGUCAGCUUCAAGGCCCACCUGGUGCGCCUGAUUGGCAACCUCUGCCACGCCCACACCGACAACCAGAACAAGGUGAGAGAGAUGGAUGGCCUCGCUCUCAUUCUAGAUAACUGCAACAUCGACAGCAACAACCCCUUCAUCAGCCAAUGGGCCGUCUUCGCCAUCCGGAUCCUGCUGGAGCACAACCGGGAGAACCAGGAAAUGGUGCGGGCCCUGGAGCGGCGGGGCGUGGCGGACGACUCCUCCCUGAGGGACAUGGGCUUUCGGCUGGAGGAGAGGGACGGGACGCUCCUGCUGAAGCCCCUCCGCAGGGACCACUGACCACCCCCCCCGCUCCCCCCCCAUCCGCCCCGCCACCGCAACCCCUGUGUGGGCCCACGGCAGCACCAGUGGCAGCGGAAUGCAAAAGAACGCGACGCGUUUCCCUCACACACGCUCUUAUCGAGUGUGGCGUCGUCUUCAGAGGAUUGGUUCGAGUGAUGAUUGGCUGAUAUCGAUGUUUCCCUGGCGACUCGUUGAUGCUGGGGGAUGGACAGAGCUCUGCUGGAAACCUCCUCUUCUACAGGACAUGCUCAGAACUUCACUCUUUUAAGCAUGGGGGAAUACAGGAAGAUUAACUGAAAUUGAAUCCACCUGAAAGGAUGAUUUGUGGUCCAGUUUCCUGUAUUUCAACCAAUUAAAAGUGGCAGUAUUUACAUGG